AAGCCAGCCUGCACCACACCGCCUCUCCCAUGAGAGUACAGAGGAGCAAGGGGCCCAGCGCCUGCUCGCACUCCUCCGCCUCCGACUACGAGCUCUCGCUCGACCUCAAAAACAAGCAGAUCGAAAUGUUAGAGCACAAGUACGGGGGCCACCUGAUCUCGCGCCGCGCCGCCUGCAAGAUCCAGACCGCCUUCCGCCAGUACCAGCUCAGCAAGAACUUUGAGAAGAUCCGCAACUCGCUGCUGGAGAGCCGGCUGCCGCGCCGCAUCUCCAUGCGCAAGGUGCGCGUGCAGAACGCCGAGGGCUUCUCGGCUGAGAAGGCCCUGGUGGAAGGCUACAACUUCGUGGGCAUCCCCCUGGUGCGCUCCCCCUCCCUGCCCGCCACCAUCAGCGGCACGCUGACCGACCUGGAGGACUCCUUCACCGAGCAGGUGCAGUCGCUGGCUAAGUCCAUCGACGACGCCCUCAGCAACUGGAGCCUGAAGACCAUGUGCUCCCUGCAGGACGGAGGAACCUACCAGUUCACUGAGACCUUCAGCGCCGCAUCCGCUGGGGCAGGGGGCGGCGCCGCGGAGACGGGGGCGGACCCCACCGCCCUGCAGGAGGCGGGCCAGGAGGACAACCCCGAAAACCUGCCCCGGAGCGGCAGCAAGCUGAUGAUGGCCUUCCGGGACGUGACCGUGCAGAUCGACAACCAGAACUUCCACGUGUCCUCCUCGGUCAUGGAGUCCACCUCCGUCUCCCUCGGCAACUGCGUCCAGCAGGGAGGCGCCAGCGAGGAGCCCAAAGUGCCGUCCCAAGGGGAGCGGGAGGCCCCCCAGGAAGAGGGCCCCCCGGACCCUGCGGCGGGCGAGAGCAAUUUCCCGCCCCCCCCAACCAUUGAGCAGGAGCAAGGAGAAGAGCAGCAGCAGCAGCAACCAGAGCAGCAGCAACAACAACAACAGCAGCAGCAGCAGCAGCAACCCCAGCAGCUGGCCCUGGAGAAGCUGGACGCCCCAGAGGUGGAGGGUCAGACGAAGGUGGAGGUGGAGGUGGAGGUGGAGCCCAGGCCGGAGGUGCUGGAGGCCAAGCGCAGCGAGUCGGAGACGGCCGACAACAGCUCAGAGCAGAUGAGCAGCAGCAGCACCUCCACCUCCGCCAAGUCGGCCUCGGAGGCCUCCUCCAAGGAGGCUCUGCAGGCCAUGAUCCUCAGCCUGCCCCGCUACCACUGCGAGAACCCGGCCAGCUGCAAGUCCCCCACCCUCUCCACCGACGUCAUGCGCAAGCGCCUCUACCGCAUCGGCCUCAACCUCUUCAACAUAAACCCAGACAAAGGCAUCCAGUUCCUCAUCUCGCGGGGGUUCAUCCCGGACACGCCCAUAGGCGUGGCCCACUUCCUGCUGCAGAGGAAGGGGCUGAGCCGGCAGAUGAUCGGCGAGUUCCUGGGCAACAGCAAGAAGCAGUUCAACAGAGACGUCCUGGACUGUGUGGUGGAUGAGAUGGACUUCUCUGGGAUGGAGCUGGACGAGGCCCUGAGGAAAUUCCAGGCCCACAUUCGGGUUCAGGGCGAGGCUCAGAAGGUGGAGCGACUCAUUGAGGCUUUCAGCCAGCGGUACUGCAUGUGCAACCCGGACGUGGUGCAGCAGUUCCACAACCCGGACACCAUCUUCAUCCUGGCCUUUGCCAUCAUCCUCCUCAACACGGACAUGUACAGCCCCAACAUCAAGCCCGACCGCAAGAUGAUGCUGGAGGACUUCAUCCGCAACCUGAGAGGGGUGGACGACGGAGCCGACAUCCCCCGGGACAUGGUGGUGGGCAUCUACGAGCGCAUACAGCUGAGGGAGCUGCGCUCCAACGAGGACCACGUCACCUACGUCACCAAGGUGGAGCAGUCCAUCGUGGGCAUGAAGACCGUGCUCUCCGUCCCCCACCGGAGACUGGUGUGCUGCAGCCGGCUCUUCGAAGUGUCCGACGUCAACAAGGCCCAAAAGCAGGCCGCCCACCAGAGGGAGGUGUUCCUCUUCAACGACCUCAUUGUGAUCCUGAAAUUGUGUCCGAAGAAGAAAAGCUCAGCCACCUACACGUUCUGCAAAGCCAUGGGCCUUCUGGGAAUGCAGUUCCACCUCUUUGAAAACGAAUAUUACCCCCACGGUAUCACCAUCGUGUCGCCCUUCUCCGGAUCGGAGAAGAAGCAGGUCCUGAACUUCUGCGCCCAGAGCGCUGAGGAGCUGCUGAAGUUUGUGGAGGACCUGAAGGAAUCCAUCGCGGAGGUGUCCGAGAUGGAGCAGAUUCGCAUUGAAUGGGAGCUGGAGAAGCAGCAGGGGGCCAAGACUCAUUCCGCCAAAAACAACGGGACGCAGUUGGAGAUCCGGGGAAAGCAGUGCUCCCCGCCAGGCAAACUGGACCUGGACGAAAAGAGCGGGAACAAUGCCGUGGAGGCUUCAAACGUACCAGCUCAGUGCGCCCCGGAGCCCCGAGAGUGGAUCCCUCCCGGGUACCCUUCGUAACCACCGGGGGGAGCUCUACCACCCGCAGCUGCAGUCCGGCGCGGGCGUCGACCUGCACCCGGAAACGCUCAUUCAG